CGGUGACGAUGAUGUGCAGUAGCAGAGCAGGCUCAAGAGACCCGAGGGUUCCGGGACGAUCCCUGCGGCGGCUCUGGAUCCUAUUUAACAAUGCUUAAUAGCAUCUGUGCGCCAGCUGUCUUCCGUUGUGGCGCGUCGCAAUAAGAGAGUGACUCUUGUUCUUCGGCGCGUCACCAACAAGGAACAAUAUCAAGGUGGAGAUGGAACAAUGCACGCGUUCAAGCCUCGUUUCCCCACUUCGUCGUCGACUUUCUGCAUUGUCCUCAUACAGGCGUUUGCAUGUUGAAUCGUCAGCUCAGCUGGGAAUCAGUUUAUGGUGUAAGCCAAAUUCAUGGUUACUGGCCAUCUUUGAUCGUGGCAUUCAUAUGUGAUAUCUCCUUCCACUCAAUCUCCUUCCUCGUGCCAAUGGCUUCAAUGCUCCCCUAUCCAGCUGUUCCAAAAGGCUCUGUGUGAUGGCUUCAAAGGAAAAAGAGACGGCGUCGUCACCAACAUCAGCGGGUAAUUCAAUCUUGGUUCUUAAUAUUGAUUCUUCUAACCAUCACCAAGUCACCGAGAGUAAACCCAAACGCUCAACUUUCAAGCACCUCUUUUCCUUUACAAGAUGGAAUCAUACGGGGGCCCUGAUCGUGGCAGUGAUUGCAUCUGCCGCGUUUGCUUCAGUCAAAUCGGUUCAAUCCAUAAUAUUGGGCAAAAUAUUCGACGUUGUCUCCGAUUUUGGGGCUGGCCAUCGCUCUGGCAGUGAAACUUUGGACAAAAUAUCUCACUGGGGCUUGAUACUGGUAGGCAUGGGAGUUGCAAACUGGGUUUCAAGCACGGCUUUCCUCGCAUUGUGGAUCAUCUUUGGAGAACUGCAGGCCAGUUCCGUUCGCAAAGAGGUCUUUAAGAGUCUACUGUCCAAGAAGAUGUCCUGGUAUGAUUCCUUAGACCAAGGCAUCUCCAGCCUGCUGGUCAGAAUCCAGACGCAAACUCGAGAGCUUCAGCUGGCGACAUCGCAGGUGCUCGGCCUCUUGGUUGCUGACUCUAUUCUUUCCCUUGCUUCCCUCGCUAUAGCCUUCUCUCAUUCCUGGAAACUCACCUUGGUUCUUCUCGGGACCCUUCCCAUAUCUAUCGUGGUCAUGUCACUAGUAACUAGGCGGCUAGACCCGGCGAUUCAAGCUCAGAAGCGUAAUCUGGAAACUGCGUCAAAGUUUGCUGCUUCGUCUAUCAAAGCGAUCGAGAUUGUCAAGGUUUUCAACGGAUUCGACCGCGAGCUUUGGCAAUACCAUGAAGCCAUCAAAUUGGCGGGCAAGCAAUAUCUGAUACAGGCCCAAUGCAACUCUGUUCAGAUGGGCUAUGUCGCCUUCUGGAUUAUUGCCAUGUUUAUAGCGGGCUUCUGGUAUGGAACUGUUCUCGUCGAUGGAGGACUAACGCCUGGUCAAGUCAUGACCACCUUUUUUGCAGUCCUCUCAUCAUUCCAGGCGAUUGAGUCAUUACUUCCACAUUGGCUUGUACUAUCAAAAGGCAUGUCUGCGGGUGAUUUUCUAUCAUCCAUAUCGACCAAAAAAGACGGAAAGACAGGCGAUACGAGCAGCAGUCGGACCAAGCCUGAGAUUUGUGUUGGAAAUGUGGACUUGGUAGAUGUGACUUUUGCAUAUCCGUCUAAUCCCACAAAAACUGUUCUCAACAGAUCGUCCUUCUCUUUCUCCCCGGACCAACUUAACUUUAUUGUGGGCAGAAGCGGAUCUGGAAAAAGUACAAUUGGCAAUCUCAUUGCUCAAUUUUAUGAGCCUUCAUCUGGACUUGUCUGUUUGGACGGACACCCCCUGGCGACCUUGGACCAGAAUUGGAUCCGAUCCAAUAUCACUCUAAUCCAACAAUUAAGUGUGGUUUUUGACGACAGCAUGUUUAACAAUGUAGCCGUUGGGCUUGGCGAUCCCGAGAAUGUGGCAAAGGAAGCUGUUUCCUCUGCUUGCGAGUUUGCCUUGCUGCAAUCCACGCUUAGCAGCCUUCCAGAAGGUCUCGAAACACGCAUUGGUUCAAACGGAGUUAGGCUGAGUGGUGGCCAAAGACAAAGAGUUGCACUUGCUCGAGCCAGAAUUCGAGAUCCAGCUGUGCUUAUCCUUGAUGAAGUGACGAGUAGUCUGGAUCAAAUAAACAGAGGCUUAGCGAUAGAUGCUAUCAGGGAGUGGCGACGAGGGAAAACCACCAUCAUUAUCACUCACGACAUCAGUCAAAUCGAAGAUGAAGACUUUGUUUACGUGAUGGAAGACGCAUCUUUGGUGCAGCAGGGACUACGAAGAGAGCUGGCCAUGUCUUCAACUGGAGUUUUUGCGGCUAUGACUUGCCUGGAUCCUGUCGAAUCUGCACUCUCUCCCACGCCAACUGACAUGGAAAAGGCUAGUCUGGCCGAUCUUGCUAACUGCGGUUCCCCGAUAAUGGAUGAUUUGCCGCAAGAUACGGCAUUAUCUAUGCAGCAGUUUAUGAUUAAGGAUUUAAAUGACAGAAUAGAUCCAGCCUUGAAUCGGCUAUCUCAGCAUAAGACGCUGGGUGUUGGUACGGCGCUUGCUUUCAAAAUGAGAAAAGAGCAGAUAUGGGAAAGCUCCGAAUUCGAGGAAAGACCAAAGUCGGCCGAUAGAACUUCGUCAUACUAUGAAUCCGAAAAGAGGGAGUCCUACAGCUCUAUUGACGAAUACUUUGGAUCGUCUCGCAGAUGCAGUGCACCAGAGCCUGACGACCCUUUAUAUGUCUUUGGAAAGGCGGAUCGUCGAGACGAUAUCCCCGGCUUACGACUAGCUUCUGGUCGCAAGCCAACCCCAGUUGUGGGCAAAGACAUAACUAAAAAGCAUAAAGCUUCAAAGCCGACCACCAUACUGGCAAUUUUUGCUACUGUUUGGCCAACACUCACACCAUGUGAUCGAGCAAUCUUCAUUCUUGGAAUUGCGUUGUGCUUUAUUAGUUCGGCAGGCAUGCCAUUGUUCUCAUUUUGCCUCGCAAAACUCUUUGGAGUUCUCUUUUUGCCAGCCAACAGGGCGGCCGCGGCGAAACAGUGGGCAAUUUAUCUAGUGGUGAUUGCCGUCGUUGAUGCUGUCGCCACCAGCUUCGGCCAUUAUUUCAUAGAGAGGACCGGCCAAUCCUGGGUGAACAACCUUCGCUUGGAAGCUUUAAAGAGAAUCCUGCGGCAACCAAAGUCGUGGUUCGAUAAAGAGAAGAACUCAGCCAGCCGAAUCAAUGAAUGCCUUGACAGAAAUGCGGAGGAGACGCGAAACCUUGUUGGGAGAUUCAUACCAAUCUUCAUCACCACCCUUGGUAUGAUUACCAUCUCUAUGAUAUGGGCUCUCUCAAUAUCCUGGAAGCUUACUCUCGUCGCGCUUUCGCCUAUGAUUUUGAUAAUUGGCGCUGUCAAAGGAUAUACCGUUGUCAGUGGCAAGUGGGAAACCAAGUGUAACCAAGGAGCCACAGAUGCCGGCGCAGUUUUGAAUGAGACUUUUAUCAACAUCCGCGUCGUGCGAGCACUGACACUUGAAAAGUACUUUGGCGCAAAGUACCGAAAGCUGGUAUCACAUACCCUUGGCUUGGGGAAGAAGAGGGCAGUCUAUACUUGUGGGUUAUUUGGUUUAUACCAAUCAAUGAGUUUUCCCAUGACCGCACUAGUAUUCUAUUAUGCCACCCUCCUACUAUCAAAGGGAGACGGUGUUAGUACUACGCAAGUACUGCAAGUCAUCAAUCUGUUGCUGUUUAGUAUUGGAAGUUCGGCCGGUGCUCUGACCAGCAUGCCUCAGCUGACAAUGGCCCAAGCAACCGCAACACAAUUGCUAGCCUACGCAACAAUGUCGAUGGAAUCAGAGGAAGAAAGCCAAGAUGGUAUCAAUAUCGCAACCCCUCUCCCUAUUGAGCUCAGAGAUGUGCAAUUUUCAUACCCUCAGUCGCCCAACUCCCGUGUCCUUCGUGGAGUUUCCUUCGAUAUCACGCAUGGAAGCUGCACCGCUAUCGUCGGCUCCUCUGGCUCUGGCAAAUCGACCAUUAUAUAUCUCCUUAUGGGUCUAUACUGCCCAUCAAAAGACACGGCGUCUCUCACCUUCGCCGGCAUUCCAUUUUGUAACCUUGAUAAACAACAUCUCCGCUCUACGAUGGCCUACGUCUCCCAAACACCACAUCUCUUCCCCGCAACCAUCGUCGAAAACAUUGCCUACGGCCUCCCUAAAGACUCCCCACUCAGAAAUAGCCUCAGCAUAUACGCCGCCGCUCAAGCUGCCGGCAUCCACGACUUCAUCAUAUCUCUCCCCGAAGGCUACGCCACCGUAGUCGGAGACGGCGGAAUCUCCCUCUCGGGCGGCCAAGCCCAGCGCUUGAGCAUCGCCCGCGCGCUCGUUCGCCAGCCGCGGCUCCUCGUCCUGGAUGAGCCGACGAGUGCGCUCGACGCAGAGUCUUCGGGCAUGAUCCGCGAGACGGUUCGUGAGCUUGUGGGACGGGCUAAGGCGCAGGAGAGCGAGAUGGCUAUUGUAGUGGUUACGCAUACGCCUGAUAUGAUGCAGAUAUGUGAUAACAUCGUCAUGAUUGACGGUGGUAUCAAGGUCGAGGAGGGCAGUUAUGAAGAGCUCAUGAAAGCUAGAGGUCCUUUUAGACAUCUCAUUAGCAAAGGUGAAUGGCAUGGAGGAGAUGAAUCUUGA